CGGCGGCGGCAGCGGCGGGACCGAAGGCGGAGGGCGAGGACGAGGAGGACCAGGAGAACCAACCCAAGCUGUUCCUCGGCCCUGACCGUGAGCCGCUGGCCGCCGAGGAGCGGGAACUGUUGCUCGGCGGAGGCUGCGGGCCGCAGCGACGGGCGUCUCGCCGCUGAACGUGGGGGAAAAUGGGCUGCCUGUUCUCCAGGAAAUCCAAAGCGAAAAAACAGGAGAAGCCGGCGGUGGAGGAAGAGCCGCUGAAGCAGUACAGCUGGGACAAGCGGGCCAAGGAGAUUGAUGUUAAGGACUAUAUGCUGGUCGGAUUAAAGGAUCAGACAGUGGGACGGUUGCCUGGUAAAGUUGCUGGCGAGCAGUUUGUCAUUGAAGACUGUGAGAACUGCAACAUCUAUAUAUUUGACCACUCUGCCACCAUCACCAUAGAUGACUGCACCAACUGCAGGAUAUUUCUGGGACCUAUCAAGUCCAGCGUGUUUUUCCGCAAGUGCGUAGACUGCAAAUGUAGCGUGGCUUGUCAGCAAUUCCGAAUGCGGGAUUGCAGAAAGAUGGACAUUUUCCUCUGCUGUGCCACGCAGCCCAUCAUUGAAUCGUCGUCGAGCAUCAAGUUUGGUUGCUUUCAAUAUUACUACCCGGAGCUGGGCUAUCAGUUCAAAGAUGCAGGCUUGAGCAUCUUCAACAACAACUGGAGCAACAUCCAUGACUUCACCCCUUCUUCAGAUGAGAACAACUGGGUGUUGCUGCCCGAAGACACGGUACUUAAUGAUUUUAUUCCUCAUCCUGAUUCUGAGGAGCUGAAAGCGGUUCGGAUCUACACUGAGUUGAACAGGAGCAUUGUUCCAGUCACACGAGGCCAGAGACAAAAGAGCAGCGAGGACUCCUGCUUAGUUGUGUUUUUUGCUGGAGAUUACACAACAGCCAAUGCCAGGAAGUUAAUCGAUGAGUUGGCUGCAAAGGAUAUUGCUCUUGUUCAAACCAAAGAAAUCUCAAUGAGACCAGAUGAUUGCAACAGGGUAUUCAAAGAGAAAGCAGCAGACUUCAUUCCAAUGCUUCAGCAAGGUCCUGUUGUUGCUUUGGAAUUUAAUGGAGAUGGUGCAGUGGAGGCCUGCCAUAAAAUAAUCAGUUCUGUGUUCAGCACUUCGAAGGUGUUUGUUUCUGAAAGCAAAGAUUCAGCAUCCCAAGAUGUGGACAAUUUCUAUAACUAUGCUGAUAUACAGAUGACGAUGUAAAAAUGAACCAAGGAUCGUGCGUGAAUACCUGAUCUGUAGAUUGUUAUUUUCCUAUUGUAGAAUGUCUUAACGUUGAACUACUGGAUAUAAUAUUGUGAAGUAAGAGUUUUUAGCAAAGAUUUUAACAUCCUGAAUGUAAUGUUUUCAAGGUAAUGCUAGUCAAAAAUAUAUAACAAAAUAAUUUUAUGCAUUUUAUGUACGUUUUAAAUGUUGCCUGUUUUUGCUAAAGAAAGAAUUGUUUAAAAGCAAGCAACAGGUUUCUGGAGUACUUUUUUUUUUUUAAUUUGAUGUAAUCGUAAAGUAUUACUGUCGAGAUCAAAAUAUUUGGCCCAUUACACCUUUAUUGAUGUUAAUCCCCAUUCUGCCCUUUUAAGGAUUAUUCACUCAUUCUCUAAAUAGAACAUUAGCUGAAGAGAAUGUAUAGGUGACACAAUGUGGUGCAGUGUAUAGAACCACUGCUUCAUUGCCCCAACAACUAGGUUCAAUCCUGACCUUGUGCUCUUUCUGAGGUUCACCCUGUGAUAAAGUGGGGUUUGUCCGUUUUCCCUGACUUCCUCCCACAUCCCAAAGGCAAAACCGUCAGUUGAUUAAAUGGCUGCUAUAAAUCUCGCUGGUGUAGUGAGUGGGUGGUUGAUUGGAAUAAAAUGUGGUCACUGUAAAUGGAUACCUGAUAGUUAACAUGGAUCCACAUGGCCAGGUAACCUAUUUCCAUGUCAUAUGAAUACGACUAUUAAAAAUAAAUGUCCCAUCCCGUUUGCACCUUCAUUGACAUUUGCCUUUGUGGCUCUGAACUCAAUUUGGUUUUCUUACUUGUAGGUUACUGUACUUUAGGCAGUGACUUGGAGUUCUCCAGGAUCUUAAAAUAAAAGCUACACACAAAAUGCUGGAGAAAAGAAAACGGUUAAUCAAGAGAUUUUCCCAGAUAAAUGUUUAAAAAACUGUAGGGACUUCAAACUCCUACGAAAAUUAGUUUUAAAAUAUCCAAUAAAAAUGCUUAUUACUUGGCUUUUCUUGUAGCCUGUGUUGUAAGUAUACUUUUUCAUCUUUUACAGUGAAGUGAUAUUUGUGGUACUAACACAAUGUCAUCUAUAAUAGUUUUAUUGUUAAGAAAUAUAAUCUUGGUUUAAGUUUUUUUAUAAUUCAAAUUUUUUUUAAACCAUGACAUAUUAUAAAUUCAUUUUAACUAGAAUGUGGCAUUGUUAAGAUAGGAGUCGGGGCUAUAUUAAUGAAAAUUAGCUAAUAUUUUUAAGUGUUUCCGCCCUGGAUGAUUCUGGGCACUUUCUGUAGGAAACUCUAGUUUGCAUUUAUGACCAUGUUUAUAAUUAUUUUGGCCGAUGAUAACUUCUGAAUUUUCCUUAAAAUCCUAGUGCUAAAACAAUUAACUCAAUCAGCUUUUUAUAUGUGAUUACAUUUUUAGUAAACUGUGCAUUAUUGAGUUUUUAUUGUACAUGCCAUAGGUCAGAAAUUGUGGAUAGUAGUUUGAACCAAAUUCUUUGUGAACAUAAACAAAACGCACAGUAAAGUAUGUAGAUAAAAGUGUUGGAGAAACUCAGCGGGUGCAGCAGCAUCUAUGGGGCGAAGGAAAUA